CUAUGUAUGAUGUAUUUGACAGUAAAGGAUCGCCAGGAGUCGCCUAGCACAGUAGUUGUGUUGUUAAACCAACAUUUUUUGCCGACUCGAGCUUGAAACAAACAGGUCGUUGCAACACUUUCGUUUUAGCCCGAAGCUAAUUCAGACAAGAUCUUCAAGAUAAUUGUAUAUAUGUUAUAGAAGGGCUACACUGUAGUAUCAAGCUAAGCCUUGUGGUACAGAUGUGGUGUUUUGACUGGUCUACUUUUUAUAUUCAGUAUUAUGGAGUCGAGCAUGCUGGAACUCAUGACAUGGAGUGAAAUCAUUGAGAAUCUCAAGUCAGAAGGUCAGCUGAAGGUCGCGGUCAUCUACGACUUGAAAGGUUCUAAAAUAGCUGAAACAUCGGGCAACAUGCUCUCGGAAGAAGACGGCAUCGCGGUCCUCAAAUCACUGUCCAGUGUCCACUGCAGUAUCUAUGGCCUAUUCUUUCUGGGCAACAAGUUCAGCUGCAUGAACGUCGACCGGAACACUUUGAUCGGCCACGCUGGCCAGGACCUCUUCGUGGCCUACCAGAGCCUGAACUUUCUUAUCUGCGCCAUCGCGAGCCGCAGCGAGAAGGUCUCGUGCCUUGGGAUUAUAAAGAACUUCGCCCAAAGAUUAGUGGAAGACGCAACAGUGCCCAGUCUGAUGUAGAGUGUGAUGGCGGUAAAACCUUUAUACCUGAAUUCUAUAUGGAGACUUUCACGAUAAACUAAACAAUAUCAAGGACGCUGUAUUGAAUUUAAAGAUUGCCAACUAAAAAGUCACAAACGAAGAAUUUAAAAAAUCUCAUUCUAAUACUAAAUGUGCUAACGUUUUAAUAUGUAAUUUAAAAAAAAACCCAUAGUUUGUCAACACUUUCAUUACUUUGUACACCGGAUACACCAAAAAGUUCUAUUUAUAGGUUUUACGCAUUGUAUGAAAAUCUUCCAUGCUCAGUAUAUGCGAUACAUUUCUUAGGUACUGCUUCAAAUGUAUUUGGGAUUUUCACUAUAAUUUGAUCGCAUCUUUGUUUUCUUUACAAGUUUUAAAUUGACAAUGUUUAAGUAGUAUAAUACAGAAAUGUGUGAAAAAAAAAAAAAGAGAAAGUGAUAUUGAUAAAUGUGAGGACUAAGUAAAGAAAAAUGUAAGAUAAUAAAAACAGGAAUAUUUGGAGAAACGUUGGAAAUAGACAAAGUAAGCAAAUGUCAAGUUAAAUAAUAAUUAUUUCUUAGCGCUGCAAGCAACAGAGCUUAACAAAAGAGCUUACAAACAGAUUUGAUUCAACAGGGAUGAAAAGUGUGCACAAAUUAUUAUAUGAUUUAUUCAUGUGAUUCGUUGACCUUCUUUUUUCUUCUUCUUCGUUCUCAUUAUUAUGUUGGAGCGUUCAUAUGACUGUCACUAAACCAAAAUAUGAGAUGACCUGCGCAGUGGUUUCCAAAUCAGGGAGCUCUCCGUAUAGUUUUCUUUCUAUAGAGGUUUUUUUUUUUUGGGGGGGGGGGGCAGCGUCUUGUUCGGGCCUCUUGGUAAAGAAUGCCGUUUUUAAUGGCACGGUCAGCAUUCUCUGGUGACACAUGGGCAGAUUAUCAAUUAUUCACUUCUUCACACUUACGUUUUGACACCAGAUACACCAGAAAGCCUGCUGUCUAUCUCCCAUGUAUGAAAAUCUCCGAUGACACAUUUUGGUAUUAAUAUACCUUCGAUAUGUUGCUGUUUGAACCAGAAGUGACCUUAGCAGUACGCGGGGCCCCGGGCGAGUGCCAUUCGCGGGCCAGCGAGCCGUUAGCAUAGACUACAUAUACCGUACGACAUCACGCCUCUGGGGCUGUAGGCCUUAUGAUUGUUACAAACCAUAAUACCUUACCUAGGCAUUGGCAAUUAAAACUGUAGGCAGUGUAAAGAGCAUUCAAGGUAAUGAGUAUCAUUUAGAUGCAGGGAAAGGCUUCCAAAAUAUUAAGCCCUCGUUUAUGAGUAUUCUUAAACUUAUAUUAUGCAUUGUCUUUGAGUCUGAUGAAUUAAGAUGAGUGCAUUUUUAAUAAUAAUAAUAGUAAUAAUAAUAAUUUAAUUUAUAGAGCGCUGUUAACAAACCUGAUAUAGGCUCAAGGCGCUGUGAUGAUUACAAACAUAGUCACGACAGCUAAAAUGACAAACAAAUCUGAAGAAAGUUUUAAACAGAUAAGUCUUAAUGUUUUUCUUGAAUGUAGUGUAGCAUGUUGUCUGUCUGACAUCAAUGGGGAAUGAUUUCCAAACUUUUGGUCCGUGUACUGAAAAAAAAGCCCGCAAUGAUGACCAAGUGUGGCCACCUUGUAGUCAAUUCUUACUUACACAUUAUUUUCGCGUGAUUAAACAGUCUCUAUCAAAUCUGAUCUACUGCCUUUUGUGGGGGCAUUUAACACCUUUAUGCAAUAGUAUAAAAGGGCAAUUAGCCAUUGUGCUUGCUACAUGGCAACCCACCUAACCUUUUUUUUUUUUAUCACUUAUAUCGAGCAGGAGUCGCGGGCACAUGGAGCAGACGGUCUAUUGCAAGCUUUGAGCCAAAACGAAACGUAUUUUUUGUGUCAUCUUUUUUUUUAAGGGGGAGGGGGGGUAAGGAAAUAAAGGGGGCGACCAAAGAACAGCCUUUAUAUAAAUAGGAGAGAGCUUUGGAUUAUUUAUAUCUAUUAUAUAGGAUGUAAAUUGUAAAUGAGGGUCGUAAAGGUUUGACAAGAUUUAAAAUGUUAUAUACUUUAUUCAUAUUCUUGUCUUCAUCAUUCUUGCUUGCUCAUCAAGAUGACUUUGUAACAGCGGAACCAAAAUUGUACAUAGAGUUAAGUUUUGUGUGAGUAUGUGUGUGUGCGUGUGUGUGUGUCCAGGUGUGUGUUUCAAUGUGUACCUGUCUGCUCUGAGUGUACAUUGGUACGGUGGAUGAAUAUGUAAAUAUAAGUCAAGAGUCUGACAGCGGAGUACACAUUCACAGUCGAUUGCAGUUAAUUGGAACACUCGGGACGCGAUCAUUUUUGUCCUAUAAGCCGGUUGUUCCAAUUGCACGAACAUGCAUUGCAAGACUAGUUUGCUUUAGGAGUCGAUUCGAAUCAGCGGCUGCUCCCAAUAACCGAUGUUCCUAUUAAGUGGACUCGACUGUAUAGGAUAAUGCUGUGUUUUGGGUAUUUCUUAGCUUAAUGAUGUCGUACUCUAUGCUUGUAAAUAUCAUUAGCCAUCUUUUGACGUCUUUCAUAUAUGUUUCCUUUUAAAGUCUAUCUUGCUUUUAACCGAAUGCUUGUUAAAUGCGAAAUAUUAAUGAAUUAGAUUUUAAUAAUACUUGUUAUCAUUAUUUUAUCACUC